CUCUGCCACUCCUGACAUCCUCAUAUAGUACCAUAGCUCCUCUCUCUACACUCUGUCGUACGCUUUCUUUAAGUCCACAAAGACGCAAUGCAGCUCCCUCUGACCUCUAUAUGCACACAGGAUGUAAUUGCUGACAGCAAGAGGGGGAUGUAGUAGUGGUGUGCGAUACCACAAAUGUUGGGGUGGAUCCGCCCACCAUUAGGAUGUAGCGAACCACGCACCACCUCUGGGAGGGUCCUCCUGUGUAUCAGGAGCUGAGGAUGAAAUGACGUCAUCAUCGCCGUGGUGACAGCGGAACAGGGCCUGAUCAUGGGAGACAGGAGGAGGUCAAUGAAGUUAACUUAACGUGAAUGCACACCUAAAAGACAGGAGGAGGUCAUCAUGUGGCGAAACCUGUCCAAGUAUGCCCUCAUCUUCCUCUUCCUAGCUCUGUCUGGACUCAUCUUCCUGCUGCGCAACAUCCACACUGUGGAGAACUGGAAUCGCCACAUGAUUUUAGCCUCCUACCAGCUACACAGGAGGAUCCUAUCAUCCUUCCUCCCAGAGAAUCUCCCCACUUUUUAUCACAACAGCACAUACUGUGCUCAUCUGGGCCAGAAACCCUCCCCUGAAGAUGAACUGGAAGAGCGCUACCUGUUGGACUCUAUCACCUGGCCCGGGCCUCCGGCUCCCUCUACACCAACAGUCCUGCGCCAAACAAGUGACCCUGUGCACAGCCUAUUUGCCAUUCUUCCCUCAAAUGAAGGAAGGGAAUGGCAUGUGGGCGACCAGCUGGAGGCGCUUGUUCAAAUGCACGACUUCCAGGGUCGUCCCAAGCACUACGGCGGCGAUUUCCUUGUGGCCAGAUUGCACUCUCCCGAGCUCAGAGCAGGUGUAGCAGGUAAAGUGCUGGACCACAAAAAUGGAUUUUAUUCUGCUCUGUUCCCACUCCUCUGGGUGGGAUCUGCAUGGGUUGAGAUUACGUUAGUGCACCCAAGCGAGGCCAUUACUGUGCUGCGACGAUUAAGGGAAGAACGACCCGAUCGGGUGUUUUUCAAGAGCUUGUUCCGCUUGGGCUUCCUGUCUGAAACCACGGUGUGCAACAUGUGCUUGCCUCCUGACCAGCAGCCUCUGUGCAACUACACAGACCUUUACACUGGGGAGCCCUGGUACUGCUACAAGCCUAAGAUGCUCAGCUGUGACACCAGAAUCAACCACGCCAAAGGAGGCUACCUAAAACACCUCAUCACCAACAAAGAAGCACUGCUCUUCCAGAGUGGUGUAAACAUCAAAAUUCAAAUACAUGCUUCAGGACCAGAGAGAAUCAACGUUCUGCCUCAAAGGAAAGAUAAAAUAAACGAGGAAAGCAGCAGUAUAAAACCAGACCCUGUAUCGCCCUCUGGAUAUUACUACGAGGACAUGUGGAGGCCGUUAAAUGGCUUUACAAUGCGCCAGUUCAGUGAAUCAUCUGCCAUCAUUCAGUGUUUGAAGAACAAGGUGGUUAACAUGUACGGAGACUCCACCGUCCGGCAGUGGUUUGAGUACUUCAUUGGUCUUGUACCAGAAUUGAAGAAGUUCAACUUACACAGUCCCAAAAAUGUCGGGCCCUUCAUGGCAGUGGACAGCACUCAUAAUAUUCUCUUGAAGUACCGCUGCCACGGGCCACCCAUCCGAUUCUCCACCGUCAUGUCCAAUGAGUUGAGAUACAUUUCAAAUGAGCUGGAUGGCCUCUCUGGUGGCCCUAACACCGUUGUGGUCCUCAGCAUCUGGGCCCACUUCAGCACAUUUCCUGUGGAGGUAUACAUACGACGACUACGUCACAUCCGGCGGGCGCUGGUACGACUUCUGGAUCGAGCGCCAGGGACACAUGUCGUGAUCCGCUCAGCAAACCUCCAAGCCUUGGACCAGGAAGUGAGCCUGUACAACAGUGACUGGUACUCCCUGCAGCUGGAUGAGGUGCUCAGGGCCAUGUUCAAGGGAAUGAAUGUUCUGCUGGUGGACGCUUGGCAAAUGAGUUUAGCACACCACCUUCCCCACGCCCUCCAUCCACCUCCAGUCAUAGUCAAGAACAUGAUAGACAUGCUUCUGUCUUAUGUUUGCCCAGAGAAGAAAAAGAGCCAACAGACAUAGAAGAAGAGUGACAACAAAGGAGAUGGAGGAGUUCACUUUGUGAAUCCACCCAUCUGUUAACUCCAAACACUCACUCCUUUGUUCAGCUUUUUUAUGAACAAGUAUUCUCCAAAGGUGCAUACCCUUUAAGUACUGAGAGAUCUGCCAGACUGCUAGCCCUGAUCUUUUUGAAUUUUGAACCCCACAAACCUUAUUCCACUCCAGGACUGACAAACACUUUGCAGCAGUGAUUGUUACAGUCCAUUUGUAUUUCUUGUUUUACCAAAUUUUGUUUUUACCUUUUGCAAAACUAACCAACAAAUAUGUACAUAAAAUCAUUUAAUAAUCAUUUUCCUCAGUGUUAAAAACAUGUUCCCACGCUCUUAGCCAAGGUACUAGAUGCCCACUACGGCCUCUUGUCAAUGUGCGUAAUUUAUCAUUCUGUGUAAAAUGACAAUUGAAAUACAGUGUUCCUUGUAUGUAUUGCAAACUGUGGACUACUAUGUACGUUUACUACAGUGCAGUUGAAUUCUAAAUCUA